AUGGAUACAAGUUGGAUCGAUCUGCCCAUUGGCCACCCUAAAUAUAUCGAUGGAUGUAUGCAAUUCAUUGAGUUUGCCAAGCAAGAUCUAGUCCUAGGGAAAAUUAGAUGCCCAUGUAAGAACUGUAAGGUGGAUAAAUGGUUUCCGAUAAAUGAAGUAGAGAGACAUAUUUUGUUUAAAGGGUUUUAUAAGUCUUAUAAGAAUUGGAUCUUUCAUGGGAAAGGGGAUAUGGUUCAGCGUAUGUUUGAGAGUGAUGGAGGGAGUACUAGUGAAGGAUUUCCCGGUAAUCAAAGUGUGUUUAUUGGUCGAGAUAAUAUGUGGGGACUAUUAAGAUCAGCUUUUAGUGUUAAUAUGUCUCCCAAUUGCCAAACUUUUGAAGCACAAGAGGAUGAUGAAUGGAUUGAGGAACCAGUGACAUAUGAAACAGAUGUUAAAUAUGAUGAUUCUACAAUAGAAGAAGAUGCGACAUAUAAGAAGUUACUUGAAGCUUCUGAGGAGAGAUUAUACGAGGGGUGUAUCAAUUUUUCAAAGUUAUCUUUUCUUUUACACUUGUUUCACUUGAAGUGUAUGAAUCAUUGGUCUAUUGAAUCUUUUAAUAUGCUGUUAAAGCUAAUUUUAGAUGCAUUUCCUCAAAUACUUGAUUUUCCCUCGUCUUAUUAUUACAGUAAGAAAAUGAUAAAAGAAUUGGGACUUGGGUAUGAAAAGAUUGAUGCUUGUCCGAAUAAUUGUAUGUUGUAUUGGGGGCAAUUUUUAGAGAAAGACAAGUGUCGUGUUUGUGGUACAUCAAGGAGGAAGAGAACUAAGGGUAUGAGUGGCGAUGUAAGUGAAGAAGAUACAAAUACAUUGAAGAGAAGUGUGCGAGCUAAGGUAAUGCGAUAUUUUCCUCUUAUCCCGAGGCUAAAAAGAAUCUACAUGUCAUCAGAAACAGCGGAAGAAAUGAGAUGGCAUGAUACAGAGAGAUUGGGUGAACAUGAUAAGAAGAUUUUGAGGCAUCCAUCGGAUGCCUUAUCUUGGAAAGCAUUUGAUGAGCGUCAUAGCGAUUUUGCAUUAGACCCUCGCAGUGUUCGAUUAGGUCUUGCGAGUGAUGGGUUUAAUCCUUAUCGUUUAAUGAACACCUCUUAUAGUACGUGGCCGGUGAUGUUGAUUCCUUAUAACCUUCCACCAUGGUUAUGUAUGAAACCAUCUUCUUUAAUUUUAUCCACACUUAUUCCCGGAAAAACAAGUCCCGGAAUUGAUAUUGACGUGUAUCUGCAACCGUUAGUGCAUGAAUUGAAAUUGUUGUGGACGGGGGUUGAAGCUUUUGAUGCUUUUGGUAGAGAGAGAUUUAAUUUGCGAGCGGCUUUGCUUUGGACUAUUAAUGACUUUCCUGCCUAUUCAAUGCUCUCUGGUUUGAGCACAAGAGGUUAUAAUGCAUGUCCAGUAUGCAUAGAUUUCACGCCUUCUGAUAGAUUUGGGAGCAAGAUAUGUUAUUGUAUGUAUAGAAAAUGGUUACCCGCAGAUCACCCAUAUCGAUCUCAGGGUUUCAUGUUUUGUGAGAAGUUCGGAACUAACGAGUGGGGUGAAGCUCCAUCUCGUCCUAGCGGGACUGAUAUAUUGAGGGAACAAGAAAAGGUCGAGUAUGUUUAUGGAAAUUCGAAGGCACCACAAAAAAAAGAGGUAGACAAAGAGGUCAUAAUGAUAACAAUAAUAACAAUGAUGUCCAAGAUGAAAAUGCUUAUGGUACAAAAAGAAGCAUAUUUUAUGAUUUGGUGUAAUGAUAAGAGUAGAGAUAGUAGGGAUGAUCGAGUAGCCCUUAAACAUUGGAGGAUAAAGCCUCACCUUUGGCUUGAGACCAAUCAUAAUGGAAGCGAAUACAUGCCUCCGGCUUCUUAUUCUAUGUCUACGGAGGAGAAAGAGAGGUUCUUAAAUGUUUUGCAAAAACUUAAAGUUCCGGAUGGAUAUGGAUCCAACCUUUCUAGUUGUGUGAAUAUGAAGCAAAGGAAGUUGAUUAACCUCAAGAGUCAUGACAACCAUGUUCUAAUGCAAGAUAUCCUCCCCGUCGCCUUAAGAGCUUCUAAUGCUACAAAGGUGAUUGACUUGUUGGCUAGAUUAUCUUCGUUUUUCAAGAAGUUGUGCUCCACCAGUAUUGAUCUAGAUGAUUUAGAUGGUCUUCAAGAUGGAAUUAUUUUAAGUCUUUGUGAGUUGGAAAAGGAGUUUCUGCCUUCAUUUUUCACAAUCAUGGUCCAUUUGUUGAUUCACUUAGUGGAGGAGGUUAAACUUGGUGGACCAGUGCAAUACAGAUGGAUGUAUCCCAUUGAAAGGUACUUGUCCCAUUUGAAAUCACAUGUAACCAAUAAAGCCCAACCUGAAGGAUCUAUUGCUGAAGGCUUCCUUUUAGAGGAGACAAUUAGGUUUUGUUCGAGAUAUCUUCAAGGUGUUAAGACUAUCUUCAACAUACCUAAAAGGAUGGAUGGUGACAUUCCAAAUCCCAAUGAUUACUUGUUUAAUUCUGGUGGUCGAGUUAUUGGGAAGGAGGUUAGCGUUCGCCUUGAUGACAAAACCUUAAAGCAAGCUCAUCGCUACGUUUUACUUCACUGUGAUGAGAUUAAAGGGGAAUUAGAUGAAUUUUUAAUGGAGAAGCGUCAAAUGAACUUACAAAAUUCCGUCACGGAGAGUGAUGAAAGUAAUUGGAUCAUCAAUGAAUUUGGAGGGUGGCUGCAAAAUAAGGUACAUUGCAUAGAUGUAACCACCGAAGAUGGAAAACUAAGAAGAGCGUUGGCGGGUGGUUUGAAUUAUUAUGGUAGAAAAUUAAAAGGAUUCAUGAUCAAUGGUUAUAAGUUCCUUUCCACGGAUCGCAAUUGUCGUCUUUUGACACAAAAUUCUGGAAUUAUGGUUGAAGCGGAUGGAGAGGCGUACUAUGGAAAAGUGAUAUAUAUUUAUGAAUUAAAUUACUAUGGAGAUUAUAAAGUUGUAUUGUUUCGUUGUGAUUGGGUAGACAUUUAUAGGGGUGUAAGAGCCUAUCCAAAUGGAGGAGUAUGUGUCAAUUUUUCUAAAUUGAUGCAUAGCGGACGAUUAUUGCAAGAUGAUCCAUUUGUAUUCUCAUCUCAAGCAAAACAAGUUUUUUACAUAGAAGAUGAGAUACAUAAAGGGUGGUGGCAUGUUGUUAAGAAUAAGCCUAGAGACUUGUUUGAUUUAGGUGAUUCUUUACCGGUAGAGGAAGAGGGUGGAGCCGAUUGA